AUGGACCAGGAAACUCGUAUUCAAGCCUGGCAAUUAUUACAGGCAAUUUGUACUGCUUCAUUGGACCUACAUUCUUCACCCCUAUCCACCGAAUCAAAUCCCUUGGCUGACAUCACCUUUUCCUCCGGAAUACAACUUUCUGGCUCUGUUCCCACUGUCUCUCGUUCUCCAUAUGCCUACUUUACAAGUCACGCCUUUGAUAUGGCCUUGGCCAAUCGGUUAAUUCGAUUGACAUCGCCGGAUAUCCCUAUGUCAGCUGGUGGAUUAAAUGACAUGGGGUUCGACAUGAUUAUGGGGACAGGUGCAGACGCGGACUCGCUCCAACCCUGCUGUAUUGAUGGAGGUUGGAUUUUAGUUUUGUCUACUUGA